CCGUUUGCCCUCGCAGAAGGAAUCCCUGAAAUCUCUGCCAAGUGAAUGGUGGCGUUUGGCGAUCGAUUGACCAGCCUGGAGACAACUGCAAGCCCGCUGACAGCAAUGCAUUGGAGGCGAUGGACUUAGCUGGGCUGCUUUGGGCGCGAUAUGAUUCCUAAUAUAGGCUGCGAGCGGAAGGGUGUCACACAUCAAGUCUAGCCUAUUUACUGUCCCUCUUUUUCGUUGACUAUAGUUUUGAACGUUAAGUUUGAUCAGAUUUGAAUAUCGAUUGGAUCAAAUGAGCAGUCGCAGUGGGAUAAGAAGGUAUGCUCAAUCGAAGCCUGCAACGGCCCGCUCGGUUCUCGCCCUGUAGCUCCCGAUGCCUGCUGCACUACACUAUGUAGACAGCAGUGCCUCCUCCUUUAGUUUUUGCAAAUGAAAAUGGAGGAGAUGUCACUGUCCGGUCUGGACAACAGCAAGAUGGAGGGCAUUGCCCAGGAUAUUCUGACUGAUCUGGUGGAGGACGCGUGUCUGGGCCUGUGUUUCGACGUGCACCGGGCUGUCAAGCAGGGAUACUUCUUCCUGGAUGACACCGACCAGGAGAGCAUGAAGGAGUACGAAAUCGUGGACCAGCCAGGGGUGGACAUCUUUGGCCAGGUGUACAACCAGUGGAAGAACAAGGAGUGUGUUUGUCCCAACUGCAGCCGCAGCAUCGCCGCUUCCCGCUUCGCACCGCACCUGGAGAAGUGCCUGGGCAUGGGCAGGAACAGCAGUCGCAUCGCCAACCGCAGAAUUGCCAGCGGCAACAACACCAACAAGUCGGAGAGUGACCAGGAGGAUAACGAUGAUGCCAAUGAUAAUGACUGGUCCUACGGGGCAGAAAAGAAAGCCAAGAAGAGAAAGUCAGAUAAGGUAUUGUUACAAUCUUUAAAACAACCCGUGCCUUCGAACCCAAACUCCCCAAGAAGAUCCAAAUCUCUGAAACAUAAAAACGCUCUGCUGGGCCCCAAACGUCGUGCGGAGAAUCAGGAAAGCCCAUGUGUGUUGCUAAGAGACGAGCCAUUUUCACAGUGACCAAGGGGAAGCAGGAGGCCCUCAGACACCACCCACGCAUCACUGCAACAAUCUGUCCAGAAACAGCAACAGAAAAAGAAAAGAAACACGCAUCACAUGGUUUACAACAUCUCACCACUUGAGCCAGAGGAGGAGGAUGAG